UGUUUUAGAUAGCCAAUUGAAUUAGUGCUUAUUCAUGAGGUUUUAAUUCGCGAAAAUGUCGUGUGAAGUAAAGUUACUGUCCAGUGUGGACGACUUACGCGAAGUCCAGGAGCAGUUCGGUCUGAGCUCAGAAGAAAAUUGGCUCAACGCAGUUUGCUAUUCGCUGUCACCGGCAGGGGACAUUCUAGCGUUCGGACAUGGUUCCAUUCUGAUAAUUUUGUCCUCCAAGUGGGAUCGGCAGCGGCAGCUGAAUGCCUAUAAAAUAGCCUGGAAAGGAGCAAUCGAUGAUCCGAACUGUCUGAUAACCAGUGUAUUGUGCGCUCCGUUGUUGGGCCAGGGAAGCACCCAAACUAGUGUCGAUUUUAGUUUUAUCAUAGUCGGUCUGGAUAAUGGCCAAGUGUUGUUUUACGGUGAAAAUGGUACCUUGGUACAUUCGCAGUUGUUCCAUCAGGAACCGGUCCAGGCCAUUAAGGCCCAGAGUGGAAAGCACAUUAACGAAGAAGUGUACGUGUUUCAUCCGUCAUGUGUUGUAAUUUUCCAAGGUUCGCAGUUGUUUCCGCUGCUGAGAAGCUUAAAGCAGCAAAUCAGCCGAUACGGAGUCGGUAGUGCGCGAGUGAAUGAAGCACAGGAAUCGAUUGCCUGUCGAAAAUGGACCUACGGUAAAGGAAUGACCGUGCAAGACGCGGCUGUGGUUGGACCUCAGAAAAGCUGCACUUUCGAGCAUCUGCUGACGGCCAGCGUGGAGGGUGGAUUCUUCGCAAAAUAUCGACACGCUCCGCCGCAAAAUUCAUUAAUUGUGGCAGCUGGAACGAAACCGUACGUCGGGUUUCACUAUGCAAAGGAAGGUUUCACACAGCCAGUUCUGGCUGACGUAGCACGAGCUGUGGCCAGCAAAAUAAAGUCAGCACUACCCUCGUGGUUCGGGGGUCCAUCAUCCUCACCGCAAGCACCGGCCGAGCCGCAGCUUCCCGUAUCGGAAGCGCUAGUGUGCCGUUUCGGUCUGUGCGACCAGCAACGGAGCGCGUACUCGGUAUGGUUGGCACCGAACUUCGCCCUGGCUGCGGUGGCGGACCACCUCGGUCGGGUGAUUCUGGUCGAUUGCUCCCGGGGGAUUGCGCUGCGCGUUUGGAAGGGCUACCGUGACGCCCAGUGUGGUUUCGUGCAGGUGACUGAAAAGGUCGGCAAAACGCCCGACACUGGACCGGCAAGGGUUGACCGCCGGAAGGCUAUGUUUUUGGUAAUUUACGCUCCCCGCCGGUCGAUGCUGGAAGUGUGGUCGCUGCAGAGCGGACCGAAAGUGGCCGCCUUCGGCGCGUGCAAGAACGGCCAGCUAAUUUACAACACCCACAGCUUUAUGGGAGUCAGCACGGGGAACAGCAAAGUGCGCUACACCGGGUUGGGUUGUACAUUUUUCGAUCCCAGUGAUUGCUCGCUGAAGGAGAUUAGCAUUCCGUUCCACUGUGCGUUGAGUGAUUCUAAGUCCAAGACUGCUAAAGAUUUGCAUUUACUGAAGCGGCUGAAAAUUUGCAUCAAAACGGGCGAUGGAAGCGAAGCGGAAGAGCAGGAGGAAAUUGAAAUGUGUAAAAGUCUUGAGACUGUGGAGAUUAAGCUUCAAUGUGUGGAAAUGCUGGCAAAGCAUCGGAAGAUUACUGCUCGAUUGUUUCGAAGUGCAAUGGAAAUUUUCGGUGAUUGCAAGGAGGAACCAAAGGAAGAAGACGAACGACAUAGGGUAGAGCAUCUGAAAACUGUAUGUGAUAAUUACAAAAAGUUAACGUUGUUUCACUUAUUUUUAACUGGUGAAGUCGAUAUAAGUGUAUUCAGUCAGUCAUCUGAGAUAGUAGAACAAUCCGAAGAAGUUAGUCAAUUGAUAAAGGACUCGGAAGAAAAUGUAGAAAAUAUCGAACCCUCCGAGGGCGAGAAACCCCCCGGCGAUGAAGCAUGCCGGCGUAAAAGUUCAACGCUGGAAACAGUAGACGAAAACGUCAAACUCUCCGAAAUGGAACUGGCGUCGAUUGGAAAACUGAUCGAAUUGCUCACAAUGAAUGGUUCGCUAGAAGAAGCUCCCACGCCUCGGGUUACUUUCGAGGAUUCGGCGGUUAAGAGUAGUGUGUUCAAAGAAUAUCUGUCCUAUUUCAACGUUUCCACCGAAGGUUUGAUUCUGCUCAAAGAAGAUUCGGCCAAUCUGUGUAACUCAUUAGGCAAAAUUAUCUAUGAAGACCUUUACCAUCGUGCAAACGAUUCGCCUCGGCUUGGCGGAUUUGCUACAGCAGCUGGCGCUACCGGAAUUAUGCACGAAGAUUUGUUCAAACUGUUUCUGGCAUAUUGGUUACGACUUCCGUUCGUCUAUCGAGAUAUUGCCGAACUCGUCGAGGACUUGAAUAAAUACAGCAAAAUUCUACGAAGAAUUUGCUUGCUUGCAAAGGAUAAAGUCAGAUUCGAUAACAACACGAUCUGUUUGUGGUGGCAAAAUGCUAGAGAGUAUCUGUUGGAAUCACCUUGCGCCCUCCGAGGACUGCUGGCCGCCAUAAUGUGUCGUAACGAAGCGUUGAAGUAUGAAGAAAGUAGUGACGAAGAAGACUACCAGUUCGAGGAGGUGUCACAAGAGGCCUGCCAGUGGACGCUACUGAUCGGAAAGCUGGACGACAUAGCCGUUCUUGGUACCGUCCUAGCCGAGUGCCUGAAAUGUUCGCAAGCUAAAUAUACUUGCCUGAACUAUCAGAAACCGAGCGUAAGUUUGAAAGGGAUACUAAAAGGAGGUCAGGGAAUUGUUGCCGAAAUGGUCGCAAAAUGGGUUGGUGCUAGUGGAAUUGAUCCGGAAAAACUGGUAAUUGAAGUUCCGGAGGAAGCAGUGGAAAAUGAACAGGCAGGAGUGCAAGAACCUGCAGCUACUGAGAGAAAGGAACGAAAACGCCUACAACUUUUAAAGCAAAACCUUUUACAAACCAGCGAAUACGGCGGCAGCAGUGAUGCCGAACUGGACCCCAUCCUGUAUAAUCUCAGUAUUCUUCGAAGACACUUUCCCUUUAGUCUGGACAGUGGCACAUUGCUGUGUCACCUUGCCUGGGAAUACAUCUGUGAUUGGAGCAAAAACAUGUCCAACAUGGCCAGCUUGCACGCGGGCCUCGCAUGCCUCAACGCGAUUCCACGCCUUCAGUAUUCCAUGAAACACGGCCUUUGCUGUAUGAUUUGGAACGCCCAUCUAAAGAUCCCACUAGAAGCAACGAAAAAACUAGUCAACAAGGUCGGUCGACUGCCGAAGGAGAAACUCUGCCUGCAGGACAUCGGAAUUUCCGACGCCCUUGUGCCGCAAUUUCUCGAAAGCUGUCUGAAGUUUUUCGAUCAUUUUUCGCAUUCCAUCGACCAUGAUAAACUCGAGCUGCGCUUCGAGGAGCUCCUGCAAGAGGGCCCCAUUCCGUUGACCUCGCUUGCAGCUCAGCAGUCUCCUGCCAAUAUGGCCCUCCUCAAGCUGCACCACGAACUGACUACGGUCCUCCUAAUUCUGACCUCAUUCAACAUAAAAUAUCAGAAACCGAUACAGCAAUUCUUCGACGGUACUGCCAAUCAGUCAUUCUUUGCCGAAAUCAACCGACAGCUGUCGUACAGUUUUCCGAAAGCCGACCUACUGCUGAAACGGGUGCGGUUCGAGUUCCUGUGUAAAACUAUUAGCGCCACGAUGGAUCUAAUCCGGGAGGAUCUACAAAAUGUGUUCUACACCGAUCACAUCGGCUGGGUGGAGCGCCUCGAACAGCUGGCCGAGGUGUGGGAGAUCAGUACGACGGAACUGCGGAAACAUCAGAUAAUCGAACUGUACUCCCACGGCUGGGAUGUCUACGCGGAGGAACUGCUGGAGAACAUCGUUCCCGACCAGGCGUUCGGAACCCUGCUGCUCGCGAUUGCCGGCCGACGGUUAACCAUCUACACCAAGGCCAACCCUCGCCUCUGGGGACAGGUAGCCGCCGUCGGACCGCUGCUGACCGACUAUCUGGAUACCCUCAUCUCUGCCGAGAGCCACGGUCCCCAGCUGCGUUUCGCCGAGGGCAACAGUGCCGUGGACUCAUCCGGACAGGUUUCCAUCGAGCGGCUCGCGAAGCUGGUGGAAAAGGCAUUCCGCUGCCUGAGUGCAGUGCAAAAUUCCACGAGCACGACGACGGGACCUUCCAGUACAUCAUCAGCAUCCGCCAUGCAGCGGCAACAGAGCGGUAGCAGCUACAGUAAAACGUCGAAAGAGCUUCGAAUAGCGGGCUUGCUAUUCGAUGCUUGCGCCAUCAUUAGGGAGAGUUGAGAGAGGUAAUUUAACUGAACGCGCGCUUGCUUUGUAAUUGUAACGUCGAGGAAUGAUUGAUUUUAAUUACUGUAGAAAAUGUGAAAAAAACGAGUUGAAAAAGGGCUUCGUUAGCACUUUACCCCCGAAAGUGGCGCACUUAAAGAUUAGCGUGUUUAUUACGACGGAAAAUUUGUGUUCUGUUGAGAGAGUCGUUUGAUAAUAAUUGCUUGCUGUUAGCUUUGGAAUUACGCUUGGGCACGUUUUGGAUGGGUAUUUUGACCUUUUCAAUCGUUUUAAUUUCUUCUCUAUCAUCUGCGAUGGACGUUUUGUUUUUUAAUUUCGAAAUCUGCAAUCUGUAGGGAGGAUUGCCGGGAAUUGAAUUAAUCUUAGUAAAGGGCAGCAAAAGGGGUUCGGAUGGCCGGAAUUGAUUAACAGACAUAUUAGUCACAAAUGGAGCCUGAUUAGAUGCUAAUGGAAAUUCUUUGGAAAACGGUGAAGGAAUGAUUUCCUUCAGUACCCAUUGUAUGCUUUAACAUUCUUGGUUUUCAAAUAUACCGUCGUUGAUGAACUGGAAACCUGCGGAAAUGGUUUUCGAUGUAUUUCUGGCGGAUUGCAAGAUAAUUAUGGGUUUAUUUACCGAAUACUAUAACAUCAUCAAUACACGCAUAGGAAAUUUUUCCGACGUGAUCUCUGAAGAUACUUUAGGUCUACCAUUUUCGACUUCUGUAAUUAGGUCUAAACUGUUUAAUUAUAGUGUAAAGUUUCUACAAUUUACUCUGAAUGAGCGAACUCAAAAUUUGGUUUACUUUAAUGUUACCUUUCGCUGAUUCAACAAUGACUUUGAUAUUGGGUGAGCUAUUCGCAGGUAGCUGCUGCAUAUUCUAGCAUCUCCUAAUGGUAUGAUUAUUAUCGCGCUUCUGUUGAGAUCAUGGACCUUCACGUUUGUUUACGUCCUGUUGUGUCAGUCGGUUUGAGUUCUUUAGUCAAAGGUUCGUGGUCUGUGUAUAUUGUGAAUUGUCUCCCGAAAGUCUGAAAAAUUUAGCUGCAAAGUAUAUUGCCAACAGUUUCUUCGAUUCUAGACAGAUAUACUAAUCUUUCAAAAGUUAACGCGUAUGGAGUGAAGCCGUGUUCUGUGUGUGUAUGGUUGUGUUAAAGACGAAGGCAUAGAAUUUUGCCCACACAUCCCAGUUGCCAGUUUUAUGUGUGUUGCUAAAUGAUCUUGAAUAUUCAUUUAAGCAUCUAUGGUUUGUAUCUAGAGAUCCGAUAGAUUGUGGGUGUCAUCUUUCUCUGAACAUUACUGGGGCUAAUGUUCAACCCGAAGGAAAAUCUUUUGAAUUGGAAAUGAAUUCUCAUCUAAUGGUAUCUGGUGAAAUCCUGAGCUUAAAACAAGGGAGCUGAAGUAUUUGGCCCUUCCUAAUUGGUCUAAUAUCACGUCGAUGCGUGGUAAAGGGAAUUUAUCUACCAAUACUUUCUUAUUUAAUUGCCUGAAAUCGAUCACCAGUCUUCUAUUUGUUGCAUUACUGUUUGAUUUCUUUGGAACUAAUAAAACGGGCUCGAUAAU